AUGCGCUGGCUAGCGGCCAACCAUGUGUCCACUGAUUGCCGUCUCUUCUGUGUCACGAGCAGAAAGAACCCCAUGAGCCAUGCUGUGAAACGCUUUAGUUCAUAUGGACCUUAUGGCGAUGCUUCAGCGCGAAAUGAAGAAGAUGAUGAUGAUGAUCUUGAUGGCCUGGAUGGAUCCUGUGAAGAAGAUAGACUGGGCCCAAAGCUCAAGUAUACUCCUGCACCUGGGUUCCUUUAUUUUUGGUACAAGAAAAAUCUCAUUCUCAUCAACCGUAAGCUUGAUUUGACAUACUAUACAGGCGAUAUCCCGGAUGAAACGAUGAUUCUAACAACGAUUGGGCGUUCCCCCAAUCUCCUCCGUGAGCUUCUUGCCGAAGCCCGUCGAGAGUAUCUACUCGCCCAGGCAAAGAAAACAACGGUAUAUACCAUCUCACCAACUCCGUUCGCUCAGAAGAGUUGGGAUCAAGGCCGUCAUCGUCCCUCCCGCGACAUCUCAACUGUCAUUCUGCCCCCAGAGUCAAAAAAGCUCUUGCUUCGUGAUGUGAAGGAAUAUCUCAAUCCAGUUACAGCUCGUUGGUAUGCUCAACGCGGGUUGCCCUACCGCCGUGGAUACUUAUUCUAUGGACCGCCUGGAACUGGCAAGACUAGCUUGAGUCUUGCUCUAGCCGGAGAACUUAAAGUGCCACUUUACAUCUUGAGCUUAUCUACAGGAAGCCUAACUGAUGAGACUCUCACUAUGUUGUUCGUGGGGCUCCCCAAAAAAUGUAUCGUUCUCCUUGAAGAUAUCGACUGUGCGGGAGUUCAAAGAAACAAUAACGGCAAUUUCAUGUUCGAUGAUUCCGAUUCGGAGGACUCUGACGAGGAAGAUGACAGCUCUGAUUCUGAUUCAAAGAGUGGGGCGAGUAAAACUAAGGAAACUAAAUCGAAGAAAAAAACAACUAAUAAGAUGGAAGCAACUACUACGGGGCCACACAAUCGUAUGAAGACAUCAGUCAGUUUUUCAGGGUUGUUGAAUGCUAUAGAUGGAGUUGCAAGCCACGAGGGGAGGAUUCUUAUCAUGACUACCAAUCACAGAGAAAGACUGGAUCCUGCUCUGAUCCGUCCUGGACGUGUCGACAUGCAAGUCGAAUUUGGUUACGCCGGUAGAGAUACACUGGAAGAGAUCUUCCGCGAGCUUUACUCACAAGUUGAUGGCAUGGACUCCGCUACGAUCGAGGAGGAGGAAGAGGUAUUUGGUGGCGAGGAUGAACCAUUGAUACCCUCCGAAAAGAAAGCCCGUAACGAAAUCGAUCGUCAAGCGCAAUAUACACAUCUUAUUGCAGAGCUCGCCGAGAAGUUCGCGAGGAUGAUCCCAGCUGAUAAAUUUACGCCAGCCGAAGUUCAAGGAUUUCUCAUAUCCUACAAGCGAGCGCCUAGACUUGCAAUUCGAAACCUCCCGGCUUGGCUGGAUUCGAAGCGCUCGGCAAACGAAAAGAAGGGCCGCAAGAAGACAAAGAAGGCCAAGUCUGAGGAGACCCCUGAGUCUAGGAAACCAGGGCCUUCUAAGGUGCUUUCGAUCAAUACUGUGGAUUUACACAAUGACGAACUGAGAAAUAUUCUCGCGGAAAUCGUCAAUGCAGUCCUAAAGGAUAAUAAAAUCUUGCAGCACGAUGAUAAGAUCAACAAGGCGCCUCCUACCCCCAUAUCCCCAACAUCCCCCACUCCCGUGAAGAAUGAAGUCACAACCACAGAGCGGCCGGUGGGUUUGGACUACAACGAAUGUAGGGUUUGUGAAUAA